UUGUCUACAAUACAAGCGUGGCGGAUUCGUAAAGCGAGUAGGCUGCUAAAAAGUAUUCGAUAUAGAUUAAAAAUUGUAUAAAGUGUAAUUAUUAAAGCGUACUGAAAAAACGGUAUACAUAUAUUAACUAUUUGAACAAAUUACUCGAAUACUCAGCGAAGUUCUGCUAUAAAAGUUUGUAAUCAACAGCUAGAAUGGUUAAAGAAACAGGCUAUUAUGAUCUGCUGGGCGUGAAGCCCAAUGCGACACCUGAUGAGCUGAAGAAGGCGUAUAGGAAACUGGCCCUCAAAUACCAUCCAGACAAGAAUCCCAAUGAGGGAGAGAAAUUCAAGGCAAUCUCGCAGGCAUACGAGGUGCUCUCCGAUGCGGACAAGCGUCAGGUGUACGACGAGGGCGGCGAGGCGGCCAUUAAGAAGGGUGGUGCCGACUCCGGUGACUUCCGCAAUCCAAUGGACUUCUUUGAGAAGUUCUUUGGCGUCGGCCUGGGCGGCGGCGGCGGCGGUGGACGUCGUCGCGAGCGUCGCGGCAAGGAUGUAGUGCACCAGAUGUCCGUGCAACUGGAGGAGCUGUACAAUGGGGCAACGCGCAAGCUGCAGCUACAGAAGAGCGUGAUUUGUGACAAGUGCGAGGGUCGGGGUGGCAAGAAGGGCAGCAUAGAGAAGUGUACCCAGUGCCGCGGUAACGGUGUCGAGUCGCGUGUGCAACAGAUUGCACCCGGCAUUGUGCAACACAUCGAGCAAGUGUGCCGGAAGUGCUCGGGCACCGGUGAGUGCAUACAGGAGAAGGAUCGUUGCAAGAACUGCAAUGGACGCAAGACGGUGCGGGAGCGCAAGGUGCUGGAGGUGCACAUCGAGAAGGGCAUGCGAGACGGGCAGAAGAUAGUAUUUACAGGCGAGGGCGAUCACGAGCCCGAAUCUCAACCGGGUGAUAUCAUUAUACUAUUGGAUGAGAAGGAACAUUCGACGUUUGUGCAUGCGGGCACAGAUCUGAUGAUGAAGAUGCCGCUGCAGCUGGUGGAGGCACUGUGUGGCUUCCAACGCAUUGUCAAGACUAUGGAUGAUCGCGAUCUGCUGGUCGCCACGCAGCCCGGAGAAGUCAUACGGCAUGAGAUGACCAAGUGCAUCGCCGAGGAGGGCAUGCCCAUAUUCAAGAAUCCAAUGGAAAAGGGCACACUGAUCAUACAGUUUGAGGUCAUCUUCCCCGACGUGAUCAAUCCAUCAGUUAUCCCGACGCUUAAGCAGUGCUUGCCACCGGCACCCGAGAUUGACAUUCCAGUUGAUGCAGAGCAUACAGUUUUGGAGGACUUUGAUCCGAAGCAACGUCGCCAGCAACACCAGCGUAUGGCCUACGACGAGGAUGAAGGUGGCUACAACGAUGGACCACGCGUUCAACAGUGCACAUCCAGUUAAGCGGCCUACAUUUUAAACAUUAACACAUAUACCCCACAACCAAUCCAGGCGAUCGAUCUGUAGUGUGUCCCCCUCUCGACCUGGAUAAUAUUGUAACCUAAAUCAAAUCGUCUAAACAACACACUCGAUCAGAAUUUGCUGCUUAACCCCCAUUCCCGGUGGGGCAAUAUCCGAACAACAUCUGGCACCACAACUACAACCACUACCUACAACCACCACCAACAGUUAAUAGUGGCUUUUGCAUCCAUUGUAUUAUCC